GAUACAACGCGAUUCAUAUGGCGGUACAGAAGAUGAACACUAUCUUAUUCAACGAACUCUGGACGAAGCUUGAGAAACUUGGCCGUACGGACAACUCACUAAUGGACAAGAACAACAAGACUCUACUUCAUGCGGCUGCCGAAAUUGGGUGGGACUACUGCGUGGCAUUCCUGCUAGGCCGUUCCUCAACAGACGUCGAACAAAAAAGCAGGGAUGGGAGGACUCCCGUGAUGUGCGCCGCGUAUGAAGGCCAAACAGACGUCGUUCGUCGCCUACUUCAAGCUGGGGCGCAUAUAUUGGCCGAAGACCAGUCUGGUGCGACAGCGGCAUGUCUAGCAAUUUGCCGGCGGCACGAUGCAACCGCAAAUCUGCUAUUCGGCAAGAUGAGCGCUGCUGAAAAGGCACAGUAUGUAUCGAGGAGGAUCUCCCUGAUCCAGUACCCGAGCGCAUCGUCGCGCGACCACCGCUGUUUCUAUCGGGACACGCUGUUCAGGGUGCUGCUGUUUGUCCGGCGUCAACUGGAAGGGGGCACGGAGCUGCUGCUCAAUAACGACGUGUUCGUUUCCCUGGUGGCGUGCGGUCGGCGCAGCCGCAGCGACCCGUCCGUCGUAGGGCCUCUGUUCCACCUGUGCGCGUGUCUGAUGUACGACAAGGCGGACUACAGCAAGUACGUCCACGCCGACAUGGUGGAGGCCUUCAUGCGGUGCGGCGGCCUCGACCUCUCGCGCGACGUUCUCGGCCAGGAGGCGGAGUCAUGCGAUUUCCAGUGCCGCUGCUCAGCGCUUCUGCCGGUGCUGCCCGUGGCGGAGCUCGAAGAAGGGCUCUGUUGGGUGCGCGAGCACCUGGACGAGCUGGUGAGGCCCUUCCAUCUGUUCGGCGCCAAGAAGGACGUUCUGGUGUACUGGGUCGAAGGCGAACACGUCAAGACCAACGUUAUGUGGGACCGCUUCACGGAGGCGUUUACUCGCCUCCACCUGGAGGUUCGCGGCACGCCACUUGAGUGUGACGCCGGCGCCGCAGAGGGGGCCGAACCAGCGAGUGACCCGAGCGCGCCGUUCGCGUUGUUGCAAGGCGGCGCCGUCAAGCGCAAGAGUCCGCUGCAGUCCCUGAAGAAGCAAAACCAGAAGACGCUCAACAAAAAGGCGCCAAAGCCGCGUGCCGUCCAGGCUUUGCUGCAGGUGACCUUCAGCGAGGACUCUCGUAUGGCCAAGACUGCGCGCAGGGUUCCGCUCAGCGUGCCCAAGGCCGAGGAGCAAGCAGCCGCCCCACCAACGAAACCGGUCAACGUCUUGGCCGUGAUGCCUAUGGCUCCUACUGUGGUCCCGGCAGCACUCCCGCUGCAAGGAUACGCCAACGCCCUGAAAAGCAAUCUUCCUAAGGAGAAACCGCCAUUGCACUUGGAUGAAACGUUGCCGCCUAGAUUCAAGUUCACUGGCGAUGGGACACGAAGCCCUCGAAGAAAACGUGAACAUGUUUCGUUAUCCGGCGCAUCAAUGUCGCUCGAAGGCAGCUUUUCGUCUCAACCUUGCAUAAUGGUCACCGACGGCGGAAGCCCUUCCCUUCGCCGUGUGCAAAGCGACCCCGCGCUGAACAGCCCAAAAGCAAAGACAGCAGCCAAACAGAAGCUCGCGUUUCUCGAGUCCAACAGCUUCGGCAAGACCGUCACCGAUGAAGCCUGCGAAAUGUGUCGUACCUCGCAGGCUGCUGACAGUCCGACAGUGCCGAUGGAGGCGGAAACGAACUCCGGAUUACGCUGCGAAAAGCGGCCCAUUAACGACGAUUCGAAUGCCAACCAAGAGGAGCGCGUCACGCAAAUAGCGGGACAGAACAAGGACGCCUUCGCACCGGGUCAGACGAAGCGUAAGCUGGGCUGUCACAGGUUACACUAUCUACAAGAGCACCUAUUUCGUGAAAUAAUUCGGUCCCGACAAAUGAAGCACCCAGAAGACAAUCGGGACGCCUCAUCGACCGCGAUGGCUCUCGUUGAAACGAUGCUGAGAGCCCUCAACUCUCUAUUACAAAAGCCUGUUUACAAAGCCAACGCCAGUUUAGACCCGCGCAUCGAGUCUAAACCUCUCUUCACCGUCGACAGCGGCGCCGUGGACUUGUACGCCCAGACGGACGGUAAGGAUCCCCAGUCUGCUGAGGAGGCCUUCAACCGGGAGCUCUUGAAAGCGGAUGGAGCAUGGUCUAACAGCUUCGCUUACGUCGCCGCCAGGGAGAUCGCGUACGACGAUCAGGCAACCCUAAGCUCCGUCUGGCUGGCCGAAAGCCAGCGGUGGAGGAAAGCUUUCUUGGAUGUGGCCAACUCGCCUCUCAGCUCUCUGGCCGCCGUCAACGGCUUCUUCUACAGCGAGGAAAAAAGUAACUUCCUCGCUGGAGCAAGAAUCAAUGAGCGUACAACCGUGCAUCUAGGCAUCGCCAAGAACGGGAGAGAGGUGCUCCUAAAGAAGAUAAAGUUUCACCCCAAAGACUUCGAAAGCGCUCUCGUACGCGUCCUCAACUUCAAGAAACUCGACUUGUACCAUGGAAAUAUCAAUGAAUCCCACGUAACGUGGAAGAGCUCUUCUUCGCUUGUCUACGUGCUGUGGCACCCGCAGGACAGAAACUUGGAACAGUACAUGGCUUUGCUUCGCGAGCGCAAGCUCUCUCUCGUGAAGUGGGGCAGAGUGGCCAUGGGCCAACUGUUGGAUGCCCUCGCCUUCUUGCAUACGAGACGAGAGCCCAUCGUGCACGGUCGUCUCAAGCCGUCAAAUAUUCUAGUUUCACCUAGAGGAACCUUGCUGCUGUCAGACUUAGCGCCCCCUGGUGUGCUGCCAAGCAUUCCCCUCGGCAUCGUCAGUUCCAGUUAUUACGGGUCGCCGAGGAGAAUUACAGACCUGAGCUGGCGCCCAAGAGAACUGAUCAUAGCCAUGACAAAGGAGCUCGCAGCUCAGAUCUUCUCGACAGCCUCGGACAUGCAAGUCGCGGGAAUGCUGAUCUACUUCAUGCUGACCGGCGCCCACCCAUUCGGCAAGUGCGACGACGACUGCCAGGUCAACAUUGCCCGCGGACGAGUGCUCGCCAGACCCGUGAACACGGAACUCGACGACCUCGCCCACCAUCUACUCGCGCUCGAGCCUGAGUACCGUCUGACUGCGAGCAGCGCCAUCAGGCAUCCGGUAUUUUGGGGCCCACGGAAACGGGUCUUUUUCCUGUCGGCUGUGGCAGUUGAGAUGGAGGUCCGGAAACACGAGUGGACCACAGAAGGCAUACUGCGGCAAUUCAACUUGGCUUGCGGCUCUUUCAACAACUGGACUUCUCGAGUUCCUCAAGGCGUGCUCAAGGACGCCUUCCCCAACAUCGAUCCUCCUCAAGACGCGCUUGGUCUUCUCAUGCUGAUCAAACGCUGCACGUUGGACUACGACACCAUGUCUCCAGAGGCACAGCGAGCGUUGAAACAACCCGAGCGCUUCUUCGUCGAAACAUUUCCGGGCUUUCUGAUGGCUGUGCACGGCGUGGUGCGGCGCAUCCACUGGCGCUACAGCCCCACCAUCGAGGCCUUCUUCUGACCGCAGUAACGAAGGUGCCGUUACCUCCAUUUGGCAGACAGCGACCGAAAUCGCCGUGCUCCAAUUGCCUGCCGCAUCCAACCCCUUCGUGCGGCGCGCCUCGGAGCCACGCACAUUCUCUUGGCUUCCGAGAGCGGAAAAAAGAGAUCAAGCGCCUGCUCGCCGGAUCACCAGGCACGUAUGGUGUCUACCAGGCUGGACCUGUCCGGACAACUGCGCAGAGACUGCGCGCGCUAAUAUGCGCGACGCGCGGAAGAACGGUUUUUUCUGCGAUGGUGGCCAGAUGGUAUGACUGGCCCUCGAGCCGCGUCUUGGAGGAGCGUGCCGCGCGGCUCGCCGAGCGGCGGACCGAAAAGAGCGAUGCAGUUAAUUUGCGCCACGAAUAAAGUUGGCCGCCGCUGUGGCCGCGCGAGAU